AUGACACCGCUGCUCCUGCUGAGCCUGGCUCUAGCCCUCUCUGCGGCCCAGGAGUUCAAUCCCCGCACGGUCGUGCAGAGGAACUACGACAUGGCCAGGGUCGCAGGGGUCUGGCACUCUAUUUCCAUGGCCUCGGAUGACCUGAAGCGGAUUGAAGAAAACGGGGACCUGUGGGUCUUCAUUCGGAAAAUCGAGCACUUACAAAACGGCAGCCUGAAAUUCGACUUCCGCUUCAUGGUGCAGGGGGAGUGCGUGGCCGUGGCCGUGGUUUGCGAGAAGACGGAGAAGGACGGGGAAUACUCCGUUGCCUAUCGGGGGGAGAACAAGGUGCUGGUGUCGGAGACCGACUAUGACCUGUACGUCACCUUCUACCUCCAGAACAUCAGGAACGGCACUGAGACCCACGUGCUGGCGCUCUAUGAUUCGAAAACACCUGCAAAAAAUAUGGACUUGGUUCACAAAAUAUCAUCAACAUGA